GAACAAUUCAGCAAUUCAGCAAAAGUUAAUAUAAAUUCGCUGUUUGCAUUUCUGCAAUUUAUUUACAAGUAAAAAGACGGUCAAAAUUAUUCUUUGUUUUACUCGUGAGCCGACGGAAAUUAAAUUCAAAAAUCGUUCAAAAUGUUAAACUAUUGAAACAGGCCAAAAGAUCAAAAUUGUUGUGCUUCACAAUUUAUUCCACACAUCGAGUAAAACGGAUCGGACUACAUUGUACUGAAGUAGGCGUUCAUAUGAUUGGCAAGAAAAAGUUCACAGAAUUUAAUUCAACGCACAAAUCCGACGAAAAUGAAUCAUCCGUGCCCGUAUUGUGAUAAAAAAUUCACAAAAGCCGUCAAUGUCACCACGCACAUCCGAUCCAUACACAUUCGAGACAGGCUGUUUGUUUGUGAAACGUGUGGAAAAUCGUUUGGCACGAAUGGAGCUUUGAAAGAGCAUAAGAUCACACACAGCGACGAAAGGCCUUAUCAAUGUUCCCAUUGCGACAAGAAAUUCAAAAAUCUACCCCGACUUAAGUCGCACGAGGACAUACACAACAAUACCAACUAUGUGUGUCCGCACUGUGGUCUGCAACUGAACACGAAACGAACGCUCAAAAUGCAUAUGGUUGUACACUCAGACCAGAAGAAAUACAAAUGUCAUUCGUGUGGCAACGAGUACAAACGGUCGAAGGCGUUGAAGAAUCAUCUCAUACUACACACCGGCCUGAGACCCUAUUCGUGUCCUUUCUGUGAUAAGACAUUUGCUAAUGGAUCGAACUGCCGGAGUCACAAAAAGAAAUCGCAUCCCAUUGAAUUGGCUGCGAUGGAAGCCGCUGGUGAGGUGCACGUAACGACAAAUAUCCCGAAGCUGGAACAUUUGCAGCCAAAGGAACCACCGGAUUUGACAAAAUGCGUGAAAAUAGACAAAAUGCUAUCGGAGGUUGUGUGCGACAAUAGUAACCCGGAAGGCAAUAUUUUAACUAACGACAUCGUUCCUUGUAAAUUUGAAUUCGAGAACGACGAAGUGAAGGAGGAAUUUAACAACAAAGUGGCAAUGGAAAUAACUGUGGAGGCUCUGGAAGGAGAUCUAUGUGACGAAAAGUUCGAACACGAAAUGAAUACUGUAGAUCUGGUGACUGAAAGUGUUGAUUGUGUAAAAUCGGAGGAAGAAGUUGUUCUAACCACAAGGAGGCGAGGACGUCCAAAGAAGACUGAAUCACCAGUUACCGACGUUCCGGUGAAAGAUGAACCAGAAGUUGAAGAUAGCUACGAAUAUGAACUGAUGUACGAUUGUGAACCGGUUAUUAAAGACGAUGACGACGAUGAUGAUGAUGAGGCGGACAAUUUUACUGCGUACGAAAAUGACCAAAGCGAAAUCCAAGAACUGGAAAAAGAGUUAGAAAGCCUGUCGGAAUAUGAAAAGCCGAAGAAAAGGAGGACACGAAAAACGAAAGAGGCUAUCAGCCAGCCGGUCACGUGUGGCAUAUGCGAUCGGGUAUUCGAGAAGCUGUGCAAGUUGGACUAUCAUAUGCGCUCGAAACACGGUUCGGAGAAAUUGCCAUUUGUGUGUUCCAAGUGCCCGAAACGGUUUUCGUGCGAGAGUAAGGUGAAAUUGCACGAGAACGUCCAUCUGCCGGAUCAACUGAAAAUGGUUCAUCCAUGUCCCUAUUGUGAUAAGAAAUUCACCAAAGCCGUUAACGUCACGACCCAUGUUAGAUCGAUACAUAUUCGGGAAAGGCCAUUUGUGUGCGAAGAAUGUGGCAAAAGUUUUACAACGAAUGGUGCGCUGAAAGAGCACAAAAUCACCCAUAGCGAAGAAAGGCCUUACCAAUGUGCCCAUUGCGACAAGAAAUUCAAAAAUUUACCUCGACUUAAGUCGCACGAAGACAUACACAACAAUACCAACUAUGUGUGUCCGCACUGUGGUCUGCAACUUAAUACGAAACGAACGCUCAAAAUGCACAUGGUUGUACACUCGGACCAGAAAAAGUACAAAUGUCACUCGUGUGGCAAUGAGUACAAACGGUCGAAGGCUUUGAAGAAUCAUCUGAUUCUGCACACGGGAUUAAGGCCCUAUUCAUGUCCGUUCUGUGAUAAGACAUUUGCAAAUGGUUCGAAUUGUCGAAGUCACAAAAAGAAGGCACAUCCACUGCAACUAGCAGCAAUGGAAGCAGCGGGAGAAGUUCAAAUAGCUACUAAUAUUCCAAAGCUGGAACAUCUGCAACCUAAAGACAUACGAGAUCAGGUGCGUAACAAUACCCUGAACAACACUUCCGAAAUGAGUUUAAGCAUACCAGCAGCAAGUAUUCAAACCUCAAAUCUGCAACCAACACCAUCGUUACACGAUUGUAUGGACCCGAUGUCGGAUAUGCAGCAUAACAAUCUGCAAAGUGAUUUGAUUGAUUACGGGGACCACAAUUCCAUUAUGCACAUGCAAGUUGGACCGCUGUCUUCGAAUUCGUCUAUUGUGAAUAUGUAAAAAAUGUUUAUUGAGUGGCGCGUAUAUGUUCGUGUGUAC